UUGUGUGGUCUCAGAAAACCACACUUGGCUCUCAAAUGAAGAAAAAGUGGGAGGCAAGAGAAAGCGAGAGGCCUGAAAAAGCUUCAGCAUUUCCACUGAAGUUCAAAGCAAUCAGGCCCUGCUUGUUGAAUGUGGCCGAACGGCGUACUCCAGGAUGUCGAUUCUCAACCUGGGGCAUGUGGAAUCGCAGGCGAUGUGUGGUGACGUUGGGUUCCGAAGAUCUGCGGGUUUAUAUUGCAGAUCACAAGCCCCCCACCGUCUUCGACCUGAAUCGUCUCCAUGUGAGGCGCGGUCAAAGACACCUGGAGCUCAGUAGAUCCAACUGGAUGACCAAAGUCUUUCAAAGGCUCUGCUGUUGUGAGCCGUUGACCUGCACCAUUACUAUGCGCCUGGAUCAGGUGGAAGACCUUUGUGCAUUUCUCUUUCCCCAGCCGGACAUCGACAGAUCUUCCAGCCGAGUGCCGCUGGCCGUUUUCCCGCCAGAGGUCUUACAUGUCAUCACGGAGUUUCUGGUCUUGCCCACCAUUCACGACGUCAUGCGGUGUAGUGUGAAGUUACGAGAGAUGCUGACAGCGGAUGCCUUUUGGCAACACUUCUACAUCAAGCUCUUCCCUUUGCAGGUUCGAAACCAAGUGGAAGAGUUUGACGACAUUGAUGGCUGUUCUGUCUUCGAUCGGGUUGCAAUCGCGAACCUGCGCUUCUGCAAUGUUUGUCAUGCUCGCCGACAUCUUCCGGGCUCCUGCGCCUGUGGCGCCAAGCAAAAGUUCAACAAAUUCGUCCAUUUUGACAUGCGAGCGGCCGAAAAGCUGCGGCUGGGCCUUCACAAACUGCAGAUCCACUUCAUGAUCAAAGGAUUCGAUCUACAAGCAGCCUUCCUAUGCUUCUCUUCCAGAUAUCAUGGCAACAGUCUGGCCAGUAUGCUGAGGCAGACCGCUGCCUACGGACGCAUGCAUUUGUUGGUCUGUGAGUCCUUCUCCGGAGAAGUCUUUGGCGCGUUGUUGAGAUUUCCGCUGAUGCGAAGGUCCUCCAAAAGAUAUGGUUCAUCUGACAGACUCAUGCUCUUCAGCAUGGGUCAGGAGGAGCCCCUACGUGUCUUUGAAGGCAGCGAAAAGUUCCCCGUGGUGAAAUCCAUCCCUGACGCCUUAUCCAUUGGGACGGUUUCAGAAGCAGCCUUAGAAUUGAAUUGGGAUCUAAGCUUGGCCACCUGUGAGCAAUCCAUUCUUUGUCACGGUUCUCGGCUCAGUGGAUCCACCGCCUUGAGAUCAGUGGUGGCAUUUUCGGAUGCAUCCUCGGACAGCAACGAUCGAAGGAUUUCGCACCUGACCAGCAACUGGGGCAGCCACCCAGAUGUGCAACGCAACGUGGCGCGGCAGUUGUUGCAGUUGGGGGGCCAGCAAGACUUGCGGCACUACUUCACCUAGAUGUGGUGGUGUUCCGAAGAGUUCACGCCUUGAUGACGCUCGAUGUAUCUAACAGCUGCAGUCUGACUGUAGCGACUGCAUGACAAACCCCCUCUGGUUUGAAGCUGGUGCACAAGCACCUGACGUGCUGGAAAACCGGACGCGACCGGGCCAGUACUGUACAUAGCAUCAAGAUGAGUGGCAACGCUGCCCUCGCCUAUG